GGCUGAGAGCGUUUCUGUAACAUCACGAAUGGCUUGUCUGGGCGGUGCUUGUCGUCUCCUCCCGGCGGCUUCCAGAGCCAAAGCAUAUUCGCUCCCUCUCCUCUCUCGUCCUCCUUCCAUUUCUCUCUCUUCCGUCAAAUGCCUCCGGUCGUCUCCUUCCGCCUUUCCAUUGUUCCUUAAUCGGAAAUUUCAGAGUAGGUCGUUGGUUCAUCCUCCCAGUGCCGGCGGCGCAGUCGGUUCGCCUACUUGCUUCGCGUCUAAUCCUGAUCAGCUGAAGAGUGCUAGAGAAGAUAUCAAGGAGCUUCUCAAAACUAAAUUUUGUCAUCCCAUUUUGGUUCGUUUGGGAUGGCAUGAUGCUGGUACAUAUGACAAGAACAUUGAGGAGUGGCCACGACAAGGUGGAGCCAAUGGAAGUCUUAGAUUUGAAAUUGAAUUGAAACAUGCAGCCAAUGCUGGUCUUGUAAAUGCAUUAAAGCUUCUCCAGCCUAUCAAAGAGAAGUAUUCCACUGUGACAUAUGCAGAUCUGUUCCAGUUGGCCAGUGCUACAGCUAUCGAGGAGGCUGGAGGUCCUAAAAUCCCCAUGAAGUAUGGAAGGGUGGAUGUCUCUGGACCUGAUCAGUGUCCACCUGAAGGAAAGCUUCCUGAUGCCGGUCCCCCAUCACCUGCUACUCAUUUACGUGAUGUUUUCUACCGAAUGGGAUUAAAUGACAAGGAAAUAGUUGCACUCUCUGGAGCACACACAUUGGGGAGGUCUAGACCAGAGCGUAGUGGAUGGGGAAAGCCAGAAACAAAGUAUACGAAAGAUGGACCAGGAGCACCAGGUGGACAGUCGUGGACUGUGCAAUGGUUGAAAUUUGACAAUUCCUACUUCAAAGACAUCAAGGAGAAAAGGGAUCUAGAUCUUUUAGUUCUGCCAACUGAUGCAGUUCUAUUUGAAGAUCCAUCUUUUAAGGUAUAUGCUGAGAAAUAUGCAGAAGACCAAGAAACAUUUUUCAAAGACUAUGCUGAAGCUCAUGCAAAACUUAGCAAUUUGGGUGCUAAAUUUGACCCUCCUGAGGGUUUCUCAACAUGAUGGCCCUGCAAAGGCUGCACCGUAAAAGUUUGUUGCAUCCAAGUAUUCAUUUGGAAAGGCUUAACAAACAUGAAUCCCGUUUUGUUUGUGCCGUGUCUUGUUAAUAACUCUAGAUGAGCUAUUUCCAAACAUGAAUCCCAUUUUGAAGUUCAGAGUGAACUCUUUGAGGAUAUGAAACAGAAAAUUUGGGCAGAGUACAAUGUAGUUGGCACAUGGCCUGCCCAAAUAAGCCUCUUCGGUCAAACUAUUUCUUAAAUAUCAUGAUAAUUGUUGUUGC